UUCUACUCCCGCAGGGAAGCUUUGACAAGGAUUCUGUGGAAUCUGUGUGGAUAUUUAAAUACUCAGCAAGUCAACGAUCUCCUCGUCAGUUUAGGGAUUGCUGGAGUAUCCCGGAUUUCCUUUGAUGAUUUUGUGGGCUGCUUCCACGAUCCUGAGGUUGGGAAGACCGCGUGGAUGAAGAAUGUUCAGCCGAAGCAGUUGCAGGAGACGGGGAGCAAGUUGCAGAAGCCGGGCAAAGCUGCGGAGAACGCCGACAACGGUCUUAACCUGCUGAAGCAGAAAGUGCGGGAGAGAGGGUUUUCCUUGAAUUCCCACUUCCAGCCAUCGUGCCUGGAACCAGGAGGUGUCGUCACGGUGGAGCAGCUGAAGCAAGCUGUGAACAGCAUGGGCCUGGCGAUAACCAGCGAGGAGGUGGACAACCUGUGGGUGAGGGUAAAUAAGGAAAGGAAAUUGGAAAUGCCCACCGUCCAGCUUCUAAAUGAACUUGGAAUUAGUGGUCAACAAACCGGUUCGUGUGGAGCAAUGGACCUGACACCAGCGUGCAGAACAGAUUUAAAUGACCAGCCGGCAACACCAACGGCCAAAGCUAAACACGUCCCAGCACACGGUGCUGCCGAUGCCAGUGAUGACAUGGUCAGGGUAUUCAGAGACAAGCUUGACGAAGCCGGCGUAUCUGUCCUCCAUGAGUUUGCCAAGUACGACAAAGAGGCCAAUGGUUUGAUCAGCAAGAGCGGAUUCCGACACGCGCUGGUCGAUUUAAAGAUUGGCAUGUUUGUCAUGGAUUUGGAGCACAUGUUAUCAAGAUUCAACCUGAGACGAAAGGACGGGCUGGUGGACUACGUGACGUUCGUGAAAAAGCUGCAAAGCCGAUCGAAUCUGAGCCUGUUCCACAAGCUGCUGCCACAGUUAAAUGCCAGUGAGGGAGGAGGAUUGAGAGGCGUGAAGUGCAACCUGACAUCCUCGGAGGCCACGGUCAACCUGCUAAACCAGUGUCAUCGACUCUACCUACAGCUGUUGACCGCUUUCAGGAAAGCUGAGGUUUCAGGAGAGGAAGUCAUUGCCUCACAAGCAUUCAAGGAGAUCCUUGAAAAAUACUUCCAGAUCGAUCUCUCAGACAAUCAGCUCCACAGCAUCUUGACCAAAGUUGGAGACCCACAAACCGGCCUGGUUUCCUACUCAAAGUUUCUGAGCCUUUUCCAAGACCGACCCAGCACAAGCGAGCUGAAGGACGAGGUCAGCCAAUGUUCUAACCUCAUGAAGAAUCAGAACUUCCGCAUAGACAGAAUACGCUACCGAGAGCGGUUCAGCAGUGACUGGGCCAGAUACAGCCUCGCCCACAAACCCCGACCACUGCAAGAGGUGCGAUCCAUAGUCUGGAACCUCCUGCAGAAAAGAUUCCGGUCCUUCUGCAAGGUGUAUGUGAGCGUCUGUAUUAACGAUGACUGCACGGCUGAUAAGGAGAAAAUGGAUAGCGUGUUGUUGAGGAUGCACGUCAUCCUCCUCCCGAUGGAGCUGGAGAAGCUGUGGUAUAGUCUGCCCAUCUCCUACCCCGUGGAAGCCAUCUCACUCAGGAAGUUCCUUCGGCAUUUCAGCAGAUUGAAGAAGAUGAAGGACUCGGGACUUCCGCUGAGCCCUGUGGCCCCGAUCCUCAGCAAGGUGCGGCGUGACGUUGUCAAGCACUGGGCCGAGCUGAAGUCCAUCCUGAAGGAGCGAGACCCGCACGGCACUGGACUGGUCCCCUUCAGGGACAUCCAGGCCAUCUGCAUGAGCCUGAGGUGGAACCUCCUGCCCACCGAGAUGGAUAAGCUGUGUGCAGCCUUCGACCUGGGCCAGAGUGCAGAGUUUCACUACAUCCCCUUCCUGAAAUCCUACACAAAGAAGCAAAAAGGGACCGUGUAGCGAUGAAGGAGCCAAUUCUGGAAUGGUGUCUGACGACAUUGAAGCAAGGUUCAGAUCUGGCCUUUCUCAGCGAGCCUGGUCAACGUGUACCAUGCCGGAGACAUACCUGGAACCGGGCAGGGAGUUCAUGCCUGGCUACUCUUACCCAACCAAUGUUGUCAGCUGGUGGUUUUCAUAGUCGAUUUUCAUAGUAAAGUGGAUGUCCACACUGUAGAUUGUAAACUGGUCAACUUCCCCACUCUUACCUUUUCCUCCUCUCCCAAUCCAGACCUCUCUAUCCUUCCCUCCCCCUCUCCUUCUCUCUCCAUCCAGAACUCUCACUCCUUCCCCCUCCUGCCCCUCCCUCCACCCCCCCCCCCUCCCUCUUCUCCUCUCUCCCCAAUCAGACCUCUCACUCCUUCCCUCACCCUCUGCUUUACCCUUCUCCACCUGCACCCUUUCUACCCACCCCCCCCCCCCCUCAUUUCCCUCUCAAGCCUCCCUGCCUUCCUCUCUGUCCCAUCUUCCACUCUCCCUGCCCGCUUCCAAAGUCCAGGCAUUGUCCUCUGGAAACUAUAAGUUCAACUUCUCUUAUUCCGUUUGGGUAUUUAAAAUCUAACGGUAUAAAUGCUGAAUACUCCAAUUUGAAGUGCACCCUAUUUUCCCUCUUUCCUUUGCCCCCUCCUAGGUCCGCCCUCUAUCUACCCUGAUGUGCACAUAUUUCACCCAUCUCCCACCCCCACAACCACCCCGCUCCUACUGCACCUCCAUACGCUAAACUUCCAUCCCAUCCCCCAUUUUCCUUUUAUCCCCAAAUGCUUUGUGUUGUGGGGUGGGGGAGGGGGAUGUGGUUCAGGGUUCAUCUCAGUGCCACUUUCAUCUGGUUGCCCAAGGCUGUGUAUGAGGCCAUGUCCCACCCAGUAACCAGGACUAACGUUGACCCCAACACUGUGGGAUGAUCAAUGGCUCAAUCACAUCAAGAUGCCUCAAUUGACAGUGUGUCUGUGUGUGUGGCAUGGGAAACAACUUAGAGAUACAACAGCCUCAUUUAAAAAAAGGAAUUAGAAACAUAGAAAAAUAGGUGUAAGGGUAAGCCAUUCGUCCUUUCGUUUCAGCACCACCUUUGAAUAUGAUCAUGGCUGAUCAUCCAAAAUCAGUACCCCAUUCCUGCUUUCUCCCCUUAUCCCUUGAUUCCGUUAGACCUAAGAGCUAUAUCUAACUCUCUCUUGAAUACAUCAAGAGAAUCAAGAUUCAUACAUCAAGAGAGAAUUGGUUCAAUAUUUGAACAAGAAGACUUUCAUUCAUUUUGGGUGACUGUGGGUGCUAAGAGGACUAGAAUAGAGCUCAAACUGAAGGGCUAGCAUUGUCACAAUGGAACACAUGGCCUUCAUGUAUUGCUAAUCUAGAAUGUAAGUGAUUUGGUGACUGACUAUUAAACAAUCACAAAUCAAUACUCUAUCAUUGCUGUGUUGUCUGUGAGUCGGACACAUUCCCAAGAAGGACUGACAAAAAUAGCAUCUAAUUUACUGUAGACAGACACAAAAAGCUGGAGUAACUCAGCGGGACAAGCAGCAUCUCUGGAGAGAAGGAAUGGGUAUUAUUUUGGGUCAAGCCUUCUUCAGACCCUUUUGGGUUGAAACCCUUCAGAUUCACUGUUAUCCUUGAAGAGUGUUUAAUUGUCAUUCGUACGAGCAAAGAAACAAUGAAAUGCUUACCCGCUUUGUUUGUUGAGCAAUCUCCUUGAUUACCCCCAGUGAUCUCUGUAUUUGGCGCUCCUGAAUAAAGUCUUGACUGCCUUUCCAGA